UUCCCCCUCAAGAACCACCCUCGACGCCGACACAGACAAUGACGAUGACGACCCUCGAUGCAAUGUGGAGUUAGCCCAAUGCGCGGCCACCAUGAUCGGGCGGUUCAAUGCUUCAACAUCGAGUGACUUGCUGAAACUCCUUGACGACUUGCAAGUGCCUUCGAUUGUUUCCGAGGUAGCCCAAUGCCACAUCGACCAGGGCGCCUCAAUGAUACUUCGGUUAGAUUUCCUGAAGACGUCCACCAGACGAUGCCUCAAGGACACAUCGAUGCGCUCUCUUCGACUUACGAUACCAAUACCCGCCUACGGCUCUCUUACAAGUUCGACCCGAUGUCAUGCAAGAGCAUCAAUGAUUCUGAGUCCGCCGAAUAACGCGGAGAUCGGGCGGGUUAAUGAUUACUCCGACAUAUUCCCCCUUACCCCAACAUCAGCCACUACGCCAAUUUGUUUCCGUACAGAGGCAUAUGAGCCACGAAGAGUGGACGAACCCCACAAGGACUGGAUGAGCGUCAAGCCUUCGAGGUUCGCACCGCGGAUCAAUGAGCGAAAGCAACGACGAGCGUCAACCUCAAGUCCCGCAAAACUACCGACAUCCAGAUCCGAACGCUAUCUUAAAAGUAUCGCUUCGUCGAGGAUUCUACAUCAUCGUGCGCUUCAGUUUGCGACGCUCGCUGAUUCAAGGUCUCGCAGAUUCCGACGCGACGCCGUCCGCGCGCACCGCUCGUCUUCGAUAAUUAUGCUCGGCUUCGCCUUCCAGACGGCGAUGGCUCGCUCUUCCCUGGAAAAUACUACUACUCCCGACCAGACACCACCACGGCAUCUCCAAGCUCUACAUCAACCUCAACACGAUGACGACGGCCAAGACGAAGACAAAGACCCGCCGAAUGGCUGGUAA